AUGAACGACGAGGGCUGCGCUGCUAGUCCCCCGACCCCCUGUCCGGAGCCCCGCCACCCCCAGCCAGCACUCCCCGCCGGGGCCCGGGCGGUCGCAUCGGUCACCUGGAGUUCGGGCCGGGAGUUCAGGCAGCGGCUCCCCCGGCAGCGGCGGCUGCAGCAGCGGCGGCGGCGGCGGCGGCAGCAGCGGCUGCUGCGUGUUGGUCCCCGUUGUACUGUGAAGAAUGGUCUCUGCAGACCUGGAAGGGCUGAAACCCCAGCAAGUCAAGAAGAGGAGGCUGAGAACCUUGCAGUAAACAUGAGUAAAACAAAAGUGCCACUUAAUUCCGGACUAUGGACCAUUCAUCCAGAUGGAGAAGUCCUUCUGAGGUUUUCAAAACAUGGGCCCGGCCAUGAGACCCCAGUGACCAUCCCAGAAUUUUUCAAGGAGUCAGUCAGCCGAUUUGGGACUUAUCCAGCUCUUGCAUCAAAGAACGGCAAAAAAUGGGAAGUACUGAAUUUCAACCAGUACUACGAGGCUUGUCGGAAGGCUGCGAGGGCCUUGAUCAAGCUGGGCUUGGAGCGGUUCCACGGAGUCGGCAUCCUGGGGUUUAACUCCGUGGAGUGGUUUGUCACUUACCUCGGUGGCAUCCUAGCAGGGGGCCUCUGUGUUGGUAUUUAUGCCACCAACUCUGCGGAGGCUUGUCAAUACGUCAUCACUCAUGCCAAAGUAAACGUCCUGCUGGUUGAAAAUGACCUACAGCUACAGAAAAUUCUUUCGAUUCCACAGGGCAAGUUGGAGACCCUGAAAGCAAUUGUCCAAUACAAGCCUCCAAUGAAAGGGAGCAAUAAAAGCAACCUGUACUCGUGGGAUGAUUUCAUGGAGCUGGGCAAUAGCAUCCCUGAUUCCCAGCUGGACAGGAUCAUAGCGAGCCAGAAGGCCAAUCAGUGUGCUGUGCUCGUCUACACUUCCGGGACCAUGGGCAACCCCAAAGGAGUGAUGCUCAGCCAUGACAACAUCACGUGGUUGGCUGGGACAGUGGCGAGGGACUGCAGCCUGUCUUGCGCCCCGGAAAAGCAGGAGGUGGCGGUUAGCUAUCUGCCCCUCAGCCACAUCGCAGCUCAGAUGAUGGACGUCUGGGUGCCCAUGAAGAUCGGGGCUUUCAUCUACUUCGCUCAGCCAGACGCUCUCAAGGGCACCUUGGUCAGCACUCUGCAGGAGGUAAAGCCUACUGUCUUCAUGGGGGUCCCCCGAAUCUGGGAGAAGAUAGAGGAGAAGAUAAAGGAAAGUGGUGCCAAAUCCUCAAACUUGAGGAAGAAAGUGUUUUCAUGGGCCAGAACUGUUGGCUUAAAGGUCAAUACCAAAAGGAUGUUGGAUGUGGGGACACACGACAAUCCCAUGAGCUACCGUAUGGCGAAGGCACUUGUGUUCAGCAAAGUCACGAACACCCUUGGCCUUGAUCACUGCCACACUUUUAUCAGCGGGGCUGCGCCCCUCAGCCUAGAGACCUCUGAGUUCUUCCUAAGCCUCGACAUGCCUAUAGGCGAGAUGUAUGGUUUGACCGAAAGCACAGGACCUCACACCAUAUGCAGUGGGGAUAACUACAGGCUUCUAAGCUGCGGCAAAAUCAUAAGCGGGUGUAAAAACAUGCUGUAUCAGCAGAGCACCGAUGGCACUGGGGAGAUCUGCAUCUGGGGCCGGCACGUGUUCAUGGGCUACCUGGAAAGGCAGGAGGACACCGUGGCAGUCAUCGACGAGGAAGGCUGGCUACACACGGGGGACUUGGGCCGUGUGGACAACCAGGGUUUCCUCUAUAUCACUGGCCGCAUCAAAGAAAUCCUCAUCACAGCUGGCGGCGAGAAUGUGCCCCCUGUUCCUAUCGAGAACAUGGUUAAGGAAAGUAUUCCCAUCGUCAGUAACGCCCUGUUAGUGGGAGAUAAGGCAAAGUUCCUAAGCAUCCUGCUGACGCUGAAGUGUGAGACGGACCAGAUGACCGGAGAGCCGCUGGACCAGCUCAGCUGGGAGGCCAUCAUGUUCUGCCAGUACCUGGGGAGCCACGCGUCCACGGUGUCUGAGAUCGUGCAGCAGAGAGACCCCCUGGUCUACAUGGCCAUCCAGAAAGGCAUAGACGCUGUGAACCAGAAAGUCACCUCUAAGGCGCAGAAGAUUCAGAAGUGGGUCAUCCUGGAAAAGGACUUUUCCACCCACGGCGGGGAGCUGGGUCCAACUAAAAAGAUUAGGAGACAGUUCAUCACCCAGAAAUACAAAAAGCAAAUAGAAAACCUCUAUCACUGA